UCUCUCGAUAAUCGUUUUAUUUUCUAAUAUAGAGUAGUAGUUUUAGAUUCAAUUGCCGAUAAGACAAAGAGAAAGAGUAGAAAGAAAAUGAUGGAGGAAGAGGUGGUGAUAGUUGGUGCAGGAAUAGCCGGGCUGGCCACGGGGGUGGCUCUACAAAGACUGGGAAUUCGAGCCUUGAUAUUGGAAAAAUCUCAAGGCCUCCGAGCCACUGGUGCAGCCUUAACCCUCACCUCAAAUGCGUGGCUUGCUCUUGACGCUCUUGGUGUUGCUCACAAGCUCUCUCCCCUUUAUGCUCCUUUAAAGACGGGAUUCGUCACUGAUGUUGCAACUGGAGCUACUCAAACAAUCUCCCAUGCUGGAGCCGGGAAGGACGGACCAAGAACUGUUCAUCGCAAAACCUUACUAGAGGCGUUGGCUGGUGAGUUGCCGAUUGGCGUCAUCCGUUUCUCCUCGCAUAUUGACGCCAUUGAAACACAGUUACAGGACGGUUCUCCAAUUCCUGUCAUACAUUUGAGCGAUGGCACUGUAAUCAAAUCCAAGAUUUUGGUAGGAUGUGACGGGGUACACUCGAUCGUGGCACGUUGGCUAGGACUUGGAGCACCAGUGAAUUCGGGGAGAUCAGCUGUGCGUGGCUUGGCGGUGUUUCCUGAUGGCCAUGGCCUGAAUCUGCAGGAAUCAAGACAAUUUGUUGGCGUAGGCCUGAGGGCUGGAUUUAUUCCUCUGAGUGACAAAGAUGCGUAUUGGGGACUCACUUGUUUAUCUUCACCCAAAGGAGAAAUCAUGGCAGCAGAGCCUGAAGUGAUACAAAGAGAAGUACAGGAGAACUAUGUCAAAGACUUCCCUGAAAUAUACAAAGAAAUGAUUCGACAUUGCGAUUUUUCAACAUUGACAUGGGCUCCAUUGAUGUUUAGGUAUCCCUGGGACAUCCUUUUUGGCAAUUUAAGGAAGGGAAACGUCACAGUGGCCGGCGAUGCAAUGCACCCCAUGACACCUGAUCUUGGACAAGGUGGCUGUGCAGCUCUGGAAGACGCGGUAGUGCUUGGCCGACACAUUGGCAAUUCAUUGAUAAAAAACGGAGGACUUAUUCCAGGGAAAAUUGGUCAGGAUUUAGAUGGUUAUGUUCAGGAGAGAAAGUGGCGUGUGAGUUGGUUGGUCACUGGGUCAUAUUUUUCAGGAUGGAUUCAACAAGGAGGAUCAAAUCGGUGGAUGAAAUUCCUGAGAUAUGUCUUCUACAAGUACCUUUUUACUAGGAUUGUUGGUGCUGUAGAUUAUGAUUGUGGGAAAUUGCCUAGUGUUCCUUUUACCAGUGAAUUGGGAAGCUCAAAGAGAACAGAGUAAGCUUCAGAUUGUAUUGUAUUUAAGUUUGAGAAUUAAUAAAUAUUCUUAUGAUUGAUUAAAAUAAUUUGGAUUAGAUAUUUAUCCAA